AUGAUUUUGCUUCGUCAUCAUCUUCAUGAGAGCCUGAAGUCUCAAUAUUUAACAGUCAAAAGUCCUUUUCAACUCUGGAAGAGUUUAAAGGAUCGAUUUGACCAUCAAAAGACUGUAAUCUUACCACGUGCAAGAUAUGAGUGGAUACAAUUGCGACUGCAAGAUUUCAAAACGAUUGCUGAAUAUAAUUCUGAAAUGUUUCGAAUUGUAUCAAAGUUGAGGUUAUGUGGAGAAGAUGUGACGGAUGAACAAAUGUUGGAAAAAACAUUUUCUACUUUUCAUGCAUCCAACCUUGUACUCCAGCAGCAGUACAGGGAACGUGGGUUCAAAACCUAUUUACAGUUGAUUUCAUGCAUGCUUGUUGCAGAAGAAAAUAAUCAACUUUUGUUGAAUAACCAUCACACCCGACCCACUGGUUCCAAGCCACUUCCUGAAAUUUCAGCGGCAUUGCCUGAAGCAAAUGCUACUUCUUCACAAAAAGGGCAUGGUCGUUACCAUGGCUCACCACGGGGCCAUUCUUAUGGUCGUGGUCGUGGCGGUCGCGGCCGUGGUCGUGGUCGCGGUAAUGGUCGUGGUAAUACAUGGAUUAAUCCCAAUAUUCAAAAGAACAAUAGGAACAAGGCAAAGAAUCAACAAGAGAAAACUACAAAUGAAGAUCUUUGCUAUAGAUGUGGGAUGUCUGGACAUUGGUCCCGUACCUGUCGUACGGCACAACAUCUGGUCAAAUUAUACCAGGCUUCUGUAAAAGCGAAAGGUAAAGAAGUUGAGACUAAUUUUGUUGAGGCUGGAAUCUCAGACAAUACCCACAUGGAUGCUUCAGAUUUUUUUCAGUCUAUUGAAAAUGAAGAUAAAAAUCUCCCUGAGCUGCCCCUACAGUUUGGUGACAUUACUGAGGAUUUUGACAUACUUGUUGAUUAG